AUGGACCUCAAGCGUUUAGGAGUCAAAGUAGGCAUGAAUCGUCUACCCAGUGGGCACCGCACCAUCAGGAUCGAUGACUUUCAAGCCUCGGGCGCCGAUUUCAAGUGCCCAGAGGCGGUCUUUCAGCGGCAUCCUUCGCUGAAAGAGAGUGAUUUUCACUGCGACAGUGGCCGCGCAGGCAGCUCGGGAAAGUACACGCCUUUCUACCUCACCUCCAGCAGCGACCAGGGGGGCCGAGAGAGCCUAGCCGAGUCUGGCCGUGGCGACCCUAAGCGCGACCUGGUCCAGAUCGGAGACCCGGUCGAGAAGCAGCACAUGGUGUCGGCAGUCGCGAUGCCGAGGAAGGCGCAACCUACCGAGGCUCAGCUUCGCGAGAGGCGCCCGGCCACCAUGGCCGAGCAGGUGGCCGGCACCGACACGACCUGGACGUACGCUGUGACGGGCACGACGGUACCGGACCACCUCAACAAAGCUCAGCGCGGUUGGGCAUGCAUGGUCGGCAGCACCAUGUUCUGGCUCAACAAGCUCGCCGACGAGUUUGGACGCAUGAUGGUGACGCGCAGAUUCUGGCCCACCAACCUGCCGAAGUCGCUCAAGGUCGUGCCCCAGGCCUACUUUACUUGUUGGCAUCCUCCGAUCAGCGUCGACUACGGCUGCAAUGGAUAUGGUGCCUGGUGGGUCUGCUCGGACUGCACCAUGCGAGUUGGAUACCUCGACAAGAAGCCAGACAAGACGAAGAAGGAGCCAGACGUGACAUGCUUGUGCAAGCGCAGGACUGCGGCGUGCUCGCUCUGUGGGCGGGGCUUCGCUCAACAGAAGGGCGCCGACCCAGAAUGGCGAGCUCUGGUGGCCGCUCCAGCGCCGCCGCCCGGCACUCGCGGAGUCACGCCCGCUGGAGUACCACCGCCUUGGCCAGCCCAGGCCGAGUCGGGAGCCGCUCAGCAGUGCACCCGAGCGAGCGAGGCCGACCGGGCGGACUGGGUGAUGAGCGAGGCGGAGGGCGACCUGCGCCGCAAGAAGCAGCUUCAACGACAAGAGGCCGCAGCGGCAGCGGCAGCGUCAGGGCCAGCUACUCCUCGGGAGCCGCGCAGUCGGAAGCCAGAGAACGGCGGGGAUCUCUCAGAGGUGAUGCGGAUGCUGAGGGACAUGAGCGCCAAGCAGGAGGAGCAGCAGAAUGCGAUCAGCCAGCUGACGAAGGUGACGUCCGGCCAGAUGCACGCGAUGGCGCUACUCCAGUCCCAGGUGCAGGCCCAGAGCCCGGUCAAUGAGCAGUUCUUGAUCAAGGAGCAGCAGUCACAGUCACCGGGACAAUCGUCACAGCAGCCAGAGUCGAAGCAGGCGUCCUUCCAGAUGAUCGCGACCGCGCCGUUGGUUGCAGCCUACCCGAACUACGCGGCAGCACCACCUUUGCAGGAGCCGCAGGGACAGACGAAGGGUCACGGCAAGGGACCGGACAACCCGACGGGCCUGAUGGACCAGAGGGGCAACCUGCUGUCUUCUACCACGAUCAGCAGCAUCGAUCUUCCAGGAUCGGCCUUGCCUUCACAACAGUUGGCAGCGGCGGCUCCGCAGAAGCGACCUUCUCACCUUUCGAGGCCCUCUGCCGAGCAAGGAGAUCCCUGGAAGGAGUCGCCCGAGGAGAAGCAGGCGCGGGACCAGCGCCGGAAGGACGCGGAGGAGGCGGCCAAGCGCGACAAGGACCGUCUGGCGCGGGAUGGCUGGACGGCAGCGGGGUGGAAGUCGUGGGACGGCUGGGACAGCGGCGACCAGAGGUGGGACAAGGGCGGCCAGAAGCGGUAG